CCCCGUGGCCAUGGCGGACGAGGAGCUGGAGGCGCUGCGGCAGCAGCGCCUGGCCCAGCUGCAGGCCAAGCACGGGGAUCCCUCUGGUGAUCCAUCACAACAGGAAGCAAAACAGAGGGAAGCAGAGAUAAGAAAUACUAUUUUAGCUCAAGUUCUAGAUCAAGCAGCUCGUGCAAGAUUAAGCAAUCUGGCCCUUGUGAAACCAGAUAAAGCGAAAGCAGUGGAGAAUUAUCUUAUACAGAUGGCAAGAUUUGGACAGCUACCUGGAAAGGUAUCAGAACAGGGUUUGAUAGAAAUACUGGAAAAAGUGAGUCAGCAAACAGAAAAGAAAACAACGGUAAAGUUCAACAGAAGAAAAGUAUUGGAUUCGGAUGAAGACGACGAUUAUUAAAUACACUGUAAGACUGUCUGCCAAACAACCUGCCUGGAAAAAAGGCAUUAUACUGUAUCAGGCAGAAUGAAAGAUCUGAAAAUGUUUACUUUUUUUU